AGCUUCUGUUCUUGAAUAAUUUUCGAAAUCGUGGGUAACGACCGUAACGUUAAAAAAGAGUCCUCUAUUUGUAGUCGUUUCUAAACCGGUUUUGCUAGUAAAACGUGAGUGAAUAAAAUGAACUGUGACGUCAACGAUAAACGCGCUCUCCGUCCACGACUAUAAUGAGCGUAAAUCUACGACGUGCCGUGACGCGGGGCACGACGCGACGAAGCGGAGCCAAGUUUUGCAGCUACGAAGAGUUCGUCGAUUUUGUGAAGCCUCUCAAGUUCACUCGUGUUGAGGACUUCUUCGCCUGGCGCCGGACCAGGUCGCGCCCCCCUUUUAUUCCAACGCGCCCGGAGCGAAUCUACCGUCGAUGUGGGAAAUGGACGUCUUCGUCUUGGAAUGCACUGCUGCACCGGUCCCCGCCAGCAAAAACGGAAGUAGCUGCGAACGCUGCUAGAAAUGAGACCAGACAGUACUUCGAGGCACGGAAUCGUCGUGGCUGCAAUUUUGAACGAGCCAUCGAAUGGUUUCAAAAUAUCGCCAGGGAGAGUACUUCCGGAUCGUACGAAUUCCUUCGUGUGCCCAAUCGCGCUGCCGCAAACCUUCUUUUCCGCAAGCGGUGCGAGAAUUAUGAGCACGGCUUGACUAAUUCUAAUACCAGCUGUCCGAAGAAACAAGCAAGUGACAGCCGGUGGGCUAUUUUACAAGUGAAAACCACUGAAGGACGCGAUGGUGGCUACGGUUUCGAGAAUUCCAUCGCGAAAUACCAUUUUCGUGGGAUCACAUCUCAUCCGGACGUCGGUGUUGUUUUCGUCUGCUCGCCAGAGGAAACCAUAAAAUUCGCACAAUCUUCCAGCGAGCUGCGUAUUGAAACUCCGAAGCGCAGGGUCAAACUUGAUUACUUGCCUUGUCACGGGAAGGAUGAAAUCGCGGCAAAUGUUGAGCGCCUUUGGCAGUCGUUGCCGCGUAAGCGGCUUGUGGACUGGUGCACGAAGACGUCGCUUUUUGAUGGCCGACACGGUUUCUUUCGAAAGAUGGCCCUACAGGCUACGGAAUCGCUGUACCACCCUGCGGGCCUCAGCCGAUUCGAUAGCGGUGCUUCGUAUGGCGCUGCACAUAACUUUUCUCUUGGUGAUUGCACGUGUAUGCAGCGCGUUGUGACGCUAUUUGCAAAUGGGAGAAUUCGGGCACGUUUUGAUCAGCGUGUGCGUGUAACAGCGAGCCAUACAACUAGUGCCGCAACAGGGCGCCUCCUAAGCAAACCGUCCUCGGCCUCUGACAGCAUCGAUAUCUUCGUUUUUCUCGUCUGCGACGCGCAGAAGCAAUAUCUUCGCGGGCUUUUCAUGUUCCCAAAAUGGUUUGUAAUGCGCCAUCACUGCCUCGCAGAUCCGCUGACUGGCACAGCGGGUCGUACUUCCUGGAGGCUUUAUCCUCCAGACACACCUAGCUUAAACAUGCUUGUUCGGGACAAGGCCGCUGGAGCGAUGCGGGAACAGCAACUGUUUUACCUAGACUUAUCUGGAGACCAGCCACAAGCUUCUGUGAUACAAAAGUUUCACCGAAUUUUGAAGUCUGCUAAAAACAUUGGAAACUUUCUGCGUCAUGAUGUAAUUCUAGAAAAUAGAUAUGUAUAGGAUCAAUAAGGCUCAAUCUACAGCGUCGCCAAGACGAGAAGGGUGCGGCGACUAGGAAGUGGUAAAAU